AUGAGCACGCCGCUGCAGCCCCAAAUAAUUGCCGAGGAGUCGACGACCCUACUUAACUGGCCGCAGUAUCCGACCAGUCGACUGAAGCGUCCGGGCCAGGGAAUCCAACAGUGCGCUCUUACACUAAACUCGCAGAUUACUAAUGGCAGGAAUGUUCUCUGCGCUGACUGGAAAGCGAAAAUGUUGCUAAAGCGGGCGUUCAUCAAACCCAAGAACGAGCGUGUGCUAUCAUCCGUUUUCCUGUUUCCAUAG